GCUCAAGUGGGCGAAUCCCUCGACAGGUGAGAGAUUCCUUUGCCCGCACGCAGGUGGCUGACGCGUGCCUUCGUGGCCUGGUGAAGAUGCUGGACUCCAAGUGCGAGGCCCUCUCUUGCGAGGCAGUUGUCUCCCUGAGAGCCUUGCUUCAACGACGGCACAGCAAGAAAGAGAGUGGGUUGGGAAGCGUGCUUCCACACCUUGUGACUUACCUGGAGGACCUGACGGCGCCAACAGCGAGGGCCUCGGUGGUGUGGAUCAUCGGCCACUACCAGGAGGAGGUGGCCAAGCUGGCGCCGGACGCGGUGCGGCGCCUGGCCAAAGGCUUCGCCGCCGAGCGGCAGGAGGUGAAGCAGCAGAUCCUCGUCUUGGCUUUGAAGGUUUGGGCCUUCCACGCCAUGAAUGCGCGGGGCGAGGUUCCAGCAAAGGAGAGAAGCGAAGUGAAGAGCAAAGAUGCAGGGAGCGGCAAAGUACCGCCUUCUUUGACAGUGAGUCCUGAUGAGUCGGCGGCACUUCUUCCCAGACUUGAGGCCGUCGUCGACCACAUUAGCGCCUUGGCGGCCCUGGAUGCAUCGUGGGAUGUGCGAGAUACCGCUCGAGCCCUGAAGAGCAUCAAGGAGUCGGCCAAGGCUGCCCUGAGCUCUGGUGGAAAGACUCCUCUGGAGCAAAUGGGCAUUUGGUACUGCCGGGCUUGCAUCAGCGGCGCGCCGCCGCUGGAUGCUGCUGGCGUGGAUGCCUCCGAUGAGAAGGAAGAUGGCUCUGGCAAGGCGACGGUGGACUCCAUGUGGAUGAUCGGGUCCCUUGCGCAGGCCUUGGACUUCCCUCUGGAGACCUAUCGGCCGCUGCCGCCCUGGGCGGAGGAGAACAGCUCAGACGAGUUGAGAAAGGUGAAGGCCGAGGUGACUGCAGAGAAGGCGCGGGAGAACGCGCCCAAGAGCAUCUCCUCGGCCACGGUGGGCAACGUCACCCACAUGGAGCAACGAGUGCAGCUGCCCUCCAACAUCACCAACGUGCCUGUGGUGCAGACCUUGGAGGACUUGGACUUGUUCUACAGUGAGGCGACCCCGGCGCCGGCGAGACCAGCGCCGGCCCCUAGGCCGCAAGCAGCAGCUCCAGCCACGACGCUGGAGCAGAUGCGCCUUGCUGGCGCUGUCGCACCUGUGGGCACCGCUGUCUUCGGCGAGGAUGAGGAGUCUGAUGAGGAGGCGGAGGAUGACGACGAUUGGAAGUACUGCCAGCAAGCUGCCUCUGCCAACCCAACCUCGGCCUAUCCUCCAGCCACUGCCCCGGAACCCCCAGCAGCCCCAGCAGCCCCGGCAGCUCCAGCUGCCCCAGCUGCGCCGGCUGCAGCCGCCCCAGCAGCCCCAGCAGCCCCGGCAGCUCCAGCUGCAGACGCAGCGGCGCAGUCUGCCAACCCAACCUCGGCCUAUCCUCCAGCCGCUGCCCCAGCCCCAGCUGCCCCAGCAGCUGGGGCAGCUGGAGCUGCCCCAGCUGCAGACGCCGCGGUGCAGCCAGAGGCGCAGCCAGAGGUGCAGAGCUCUGAGGCACAAGACGAGGCUCCUGUAGACCUACUGUAGUGCCCGGCAAAAAGAGCGUGAAGCAGGUGCAGGGCAUGGCUUCUCAGAUUGGCUGGUUUGCACUGGCCCAUGACCGACUUGUGG